AUGGCAGAGUGGUCGAUUGACGUGGCUGUGGUCGCCGAGCCGUACUUCAUCCCCGCCCGUGACAACUGGCUGGGGUGCGCUGACGGUUUGGUGGCCAUUAUUGGCGGGACUCUGACCGACCCGUCUCGGGGCCGUGGCUGGGUUGCUGCGGUCUCGGGCGGCAUCGUCAUUGUGGGGGCGUUUUCUCCCAACAAGAGUCUCGCCGACUUCGAAGGUUUCCUUGUCGAGUUGGGCGCCGUCAGGUUGCCGCCAUCACCCUCGCCCCGUUCUGGUGCUCAGAUCUCAACGCCAAGUCAUCGGCGUGGGGAUCUCCGGUCACUGACCUCGGGCGAGGUGCUGGAAGAGGGCGGUGACGACCGGUCUGGUCGUCCUGAAUCGGGGCUCGGAAUACACGUGCGUGCGGCAGCGGGGCGGGUCGAUAGUGGACGUCUCGUUCGCUAG